GUUUAUUAGUAGUUGCAUUGACAUAGUGUUGCCCACAGAUAGUUCCAAUGCUCGUGUGUAUUGUGUGUUCAUUAAUAGUUUCACACACAUGCUAUUUCUCACAGAUUGUGCCAUUGACAUGUAUCUCAUUUCUCAUGUGCAUUGUGUGUUGUUUAUUACUAUUUUAUUACUGUCUCAAGUGUCUUGUGUGUUGUUUCCAGAGUGAUGAGAUUGAGCAGACGGCGCGUAGGGCGCAGGCAGACAUUGAAGGGCUGAACGAUCAGACGGAGGAUACAUUAGAACAGAUAGCGUACGUGGAACAGGAGAACGCCAUGCUGGUGAUAGAGCUACAACACGUCAAGGAGCAGAUGAAGGAGUUGCAGAUUGAGCUGGAGGUGUUCAACAUUCGCCACAAACGCAAAGAGAUGGAACAGGCGGAGCAACUGGAGAUCGCACGCGCCCACAACAGCAUGCUCAAAGGAUCAGCCACACCCACACUCUCUCCAUCGCUCACACCCACACCCACACCCACAAGUAUGGAAACACACACAGACAUGCAAGGAUACACACACACACCUCAUUACACACACACACACACUGGGCCUGGUAGUGCAAACAGUAUCACUGGCGGAGUGGAUGCAAUGGUCAUUGACAGCAAGCAGCCGACGCAGGACAAUCACGUGCACACAACAUCACACACACAUACACACGCACACGCACACACACACACAGCAGCAGGCAAUCACAUACAGGACUCCAGCGCACAGGUCAAUGGAACGGGCGGACACGUGUCUGAGGUCAACAGAACGUCACACAGCGACAGUGGCAGCAGGAAAGACAGUGUCACGAAUGAACGUCACCAAAGUAUACGCGCUACCCGUGGCAGCAACCCACGUACUGGUCAACAAAGUAGUAGUGGUAGUGGUGGUAGUAGUAGUAGUAGUAGUAGUAGUAGUAGUAGGACUAGUAAGAAGAGAGUUAGUAGUAGUGGUGGUGGAGAACGUCACUACACCACUGGCGACACUGAAGCGAGUGACAGUGACAAAGGGCCGUCUAAACUGCAGUCGUUGGCUGAUCGAGUGGGCAAGUGUUUGCGCCGGCAGGCACUGCAUUGA